AAUGUCAGUACUAGCCCUUUAAAAAUCACAUUUCCGGAAUUUGGAUAGCCAAUCAAAGCGCCUAAUUUUCUGACGACUGCUCGGUUAGUUCUCUCUGGCUGUUUGUUGUUUCCGCGGCGACAUCAAUUUAGGAACCAACAUAAACCAUGGCAGAAGAUCACACGGGCAUGGAUCAGAGCAUGGAGAGUCAUACAGCUAAGAUCGAGGAUACCGAGAGGUCCAACACAGAGAAGAUGUCUAAACAGAAAGUGGAUCUUCAGUCUCUCCCAACACGGGCAUAUCUGGACCAGACUGUGGUGCCAGUCCUUCUACAGGGGCUCUCUGUGUUAGCCAAAGAACGGCCUCAUAAUCCCAUUGAAUUUCUAGCUGCACAUCUCCUCCAGAACAAGUCUCAAUAUGAGGACCGCAUCUAACACCUCUGAAGAAACUACACUGGUCGACUUAUCACCAGAGACAAGCUGUGUGUUUCAUUUAGCAUCUGAAUUGUAAAGUGUUUUUUUUUUCUUUUUUCUAUACUGUAUGUACCGGCUGGAGUAUACUGAUUUCUUAUUUUCUAUUAUACAUGUUUGUUGAACAAACACUAUUUUUGUUUCUGUAAUUGACUGUACAUGUUAGUGUGUUACUUCCCCACAUAUACCCAUUAAACAUCCAUGACUGAUAUCAAA